UAGUAUCUGUGCUGAUACAUUUCAGCGAAGCUUUUUUGAGUUUACCUUCUGUCAAUACAAAGAAGAGGAUAUGUGCCAGGUCCAUCAUUUGAGUGUCCAGCAUGUUCUCCAGACAUGUUGGCUGUCUGCUCUGAUGGGAACUGAAAACAUUACCGCUUCAGCAAGUCAAAAGGGUAGGUAUAGGUAUUUUUCAGAAGUUUAUUUUAGACUUGUCUUAAACAAAUAGUAGCUCUUUGGGUUGUCUUUGAGUGAUCAUAACUUACAUUUUAACAAAUAGUAAAUGUAGUACUUGUGAUUUUUAUUACUGACGCAUGUUAUCUUAUCAUGGACCGGACUGAGGAGCCACCAAUAUAUGAGGGCUUGUUCUUGGCCAAGGACUAGGAAGUUGCUACCUUUGUUGACCUUGUCAGAGGCAACAUGAGAAGUGUAAUGAAAGUGCUGUGUGCGGUACUGCCAAGUUCACCGCUGGCAGAGAGAUGUCAAAAAAGUCUGGUGCUCAGAUAGACGAGGAGGGCAUUCAAGUUGCAGUUUGCAGGAAGAGUGAACAUGCUAACGCGACAGGCCAUGGGUUGGAACAGAAGAAAGAGGGACAACCUUCAUCAAGUGUUAGCCCACAGAUGUUUCAAAAUCACAGAGAGGGCAAAACUGGAAGCUGCCAGCCUUAGCAAAAUCAAGAAGGAGCACAACCUUGAUCAGGAGACACAGCAGUGGGUGUGUGAUGUCAGACAAUGGGCAGUUACAGAGAGAGUCUACACUCCAGGUUGUACUGAAGAGCUAAGGGCUGACAUUGAGAACAUCACUGUAACCCUUUUGCGCAAGAAGAAAGAUCUGUAUCGUCGGCAUGAUAGCAACCAGGCAAGACAAAGAAAGAAAAAGAAAAUGACAGAGUUGAAGAAGAAGCUUCGCGAAAAGGUCUUGCAAUACAACACCGUAGUGGAAGGAGAUCCGAUUGACGAGGAGUUGGCUUGCAGUCUGACAGAGGGAUACAUCCUACCAUGGGAGAGACACAAAGAUGGUACAUGCAACACGUUCAGGUUGAAGAGAUCUAUCUUCGACCAGGUAAUGCUGCUGAAACGCUUGGAGGAGGAGCAGAGCAUCCUGGUAAAGGAGAUGUCUCAGCACAUCAAGUACCUUCUGAAGCAAGUGCAAGAAGUCGAGUCACUUAGAGGACAGACUUUGGAGCGCAGUUUCAGUGACCUGACAGAGGACGCUACACAUGGGCUCAACAGUGUCCUCAGUCGGAGGGGUCACUCACCUAGAAGUCAACACCAACAGGCUGUUAAAGCAUACAGCAGUAUAGCCACUAUGGAAUGUGAUUUUCUUUCCAUACAGGAGGACAUUGAGGAGUGGGAUGACAAUGGCUUCACCAGCCCUGAAUCUGAGGAAGAAGACACCUAAAGACUGCUGCCAAACAACACAGAGGAACUGGAGAUUUGUACAAAAAAAAUCUUGCCUUUGUUUUUAAAUAGCUGUACCAAAGUAUCUACAGGAAAGUUUGUGUAGAGUCUGUAUUUUUAUAAAAGGAAAAAAAAAAAUAAUAGAAAAACAUUGUUUUAUUUAUCUCUUCUAACAUUUGAGCUUGCUGGUUUCAGACCAAAACUGCUUAUUGCUGCUUUAAAUAAUUAAUUGUCAUCUUUGCAUGGAAAAAUCUAAUGAAGAUUCAAUGGCAGUCUGUGUGUAAUUGUAACAAGUAUAAUUUCCAUAAUAUAUUUGGAUUUAUAUUUGUUUGCAAUAUGCAUAUAGUACCCAUAUUAUUUUGUAGUUAUGUGUAGUCAUAGCAUACUGAAUACCGUCAAACAGCUUGAAACCAUAAAUGUUUUUCUUUUGUUUUCUAUAUCUACAUGUAAAUACAGACAGACAAAUCCAAACAUUUUUCACUUACAUCCUGUAAAACUGUAUAAAGAAAUGUCUUACAUAUGCACCACUGUAAUA